GAUUCUUCUCCUAUAAAGGGAGAUAGAGACAGUCACGUGCAUCCUUCCCCGCGAUGCCACAAUGAAUCUAGCGCUCCUCGUUUUCCUUACUCUCGGUGUCGUUGGGACAGCCGUGGCAACCUUAUACGAGAAAAGUGCUAAUGAAUCCAAGGCUGUCUGUUAUAGCCCCUAUACUCCCAUUGGGAAUCGCUGUUUGUUUGUCGAGCCCCAGACUGAGGGAACCUGGUAUCAGAUGCGGGAUUUCUGUUACCUAGUGAACGGAAACUUACUCAAGUUGGACGAUGCUAAUCUCCUCACCGAUAUCGUCGAGUACAUUACUUACCAAGUGGGUGUGAACAGGGACUACUGGAUCGGGGGGAGUGAUGAGAACCACGAGGGUCUUUGGCUGUGGAUGGACGGAACGAUCAUGAGGACAGGUGUUCCCUUGUGGUACCAUUGCACCUCCGUCGCUCAACAACCGAAUGGGGGCGGCUCAGAAAACUGUGCCGUCAUGCGCUGGGAUUCAUUUUACCAUAUCCAUGACGAGUCUUGCUAUACAGUUCGGUCUGUCAUUUGUGAGAGCACCGCACAUAAAUCUGCUGACAAGUUUUGACCACAAAAGAGAUAGUCAUUUCUUUUAUAUCAUACUGCGACACCAUCCGAGAUCAUUAGCAGAGUAUACAUCUACCGAGUGAUAUCUAUAUACUAUGAAAUUUGUUCAUCAUGUAGCCUGUAGCCACUCUGCCUUAAACGUUUGUAAAUUUUGUAAUCUGUUCUGAAAUCUGUUGUAACAACUGAAUAAAUAUUAUAAAGUGCACUUUGAUUAUCUGGCAAUCUACAAUUUUAAUAUACACUGCAACUGAAUUGGCUAAAACUAAAAAUUGGCUAAAUUACUUUGUAAAGAAAGAAAUAUACAUAAAAUAAAAGUAGCAACAGAAA